AUGAGCCAAGGCGAAGAGAACACUGACCAAACAGCGUCUUUGGACGCGGUUUUUGACAAAGAGACCAGCGAGACGCCCGACCUGGAAGAGGAUGUGGCCAAGCUGGACUCGCACAAGCGGGCUGCGUCGGAGGAGGUGGAGAAGAAGCCCAAGAACAAGAAGCUCAAAAGGAGUAAAGGACAGGCCGAGGAGAGCAUCGACGUUGGAGAAAACGACCAGGAGCCUAUUGAGGAGGACGAACAAACGAGAAAGAGAAGAGAGUUCGAGGAGCGGUUUGCUGCGGUGCUGAAGAAGCCAACCAAGCGGAAGAAGAACGACGAGGUGGACCUCGAAGCAAUGCAAGACGAGGCGAUUGCCCAUUUGAAGAACAUGAUGAAAGACGCCGCAGAACUCGACAUCGACUGCGUCAACAACAAAAAGCCGGCCACACACAAGUUGAAACUGCUGCCGCAGGUGAAAGACACGCUACUGAAGUCGAACUUGUACGACUCGAUUCUCGAUAACAAUCUGCUGGAGGCUGUGCGAAUCUGGCUGGAACCACUUCCAGACGCUUCGUUGCCUGCAUUUGAGAUCCAAAAGACGCUGUUCAGCGAGCUCACAAAGUUGCCGAUCAAGACGAUUCAUCUUAGAGAGUCUGGUCUGGGGAAGAUUAUACUUUUCUACCAAAAGUCGAAGAAAGUGGACCCAUCGCUCAAGAGAACGGCUGAGAAGUUGAUCGGAGACUGGACAAGACCGAUCAUGGGCAGAUCCGACAACUACAGAGCCAAGAAGGUGCAGACUGCGGUGAUUGACGCGGACAGAUUGGUCAACUCGCCAGGCAUCAAAACGAAACCGAUCCGCAAGUCGCUGUACCAGGAAAGUGCUGACAGAAGAAAGCGUGCUGCUGCACCAGAGGCCCGUACCAGCGUGUACACUGUUGCUCCACAGGUGAACCUGAACAGCAUGAGCCAGCAAAAGAGCAGCAUUGCCGCUAUGGGCGUUGGAUCGUCUUUGAGCAGAGACGAGAGAUUCAAAAAACUGAACCAGAGACUCACACAGAUGAGCCAGAAAAAGAAGUCCACCAAGAAAGGAGGAGUUUCCAUCGAAGGCCGCGGGUUGGCUAUGUAA